CUGUUGUCGUCGAUUGGGCCGAUUAAAAAAACAAGUCCUCUUUUUCUCUCUCUUUUUGUGAGCCCUAAGGUCCAUUACUCCACUCCCUCUCUCUUUCUUUCUCGCUCUGUCUGUCUCUCUCUGCGUUCUGCUUCCCAGAUCGUUGCCAACUCAGUCACGAAACUGAAAAUAAAAGGACAAAAAUGGGGAUUAUAGAAAAGAUCAAAGAAAUUGAGGCCGAGAUGGCUCGGACUCAGAAAAACAAAGCCACAGAGUAUCAUCUUGGUCAGCUCAAGGCAAAGAUAGCAAAGCUGAGGACUCAGUUAUUGGAGCCUCCAAAAGGUUCAAGUGGAGGUGGAGACGGUUUUGAAGUAACAAAAUAUGGCCACGGACGUGUUGCAUUAAUAGGAUUUCCAAGUGUCGGGAAAUCCACGCUUUUGACAAUGUUAACGGGCACUCAUUCAGAAGCUGCAUCUUAUGAGUUCACAACUCUUACUUGCAUUCCUGGGAUUAUACACUACAACGAUACAAAAAUUCAACUGCUUGAUCUUCCUGGGAUUAUUGAAGGUGCUUCUGAAGGCAAGGGACGCGGGAGGCAGGUUAUUGCUGUUUCCAAGUCUUCUGACAUUGUUUUGAUGGUUCUUGAUGCCUCAAAAAGUGAGGGUCAUCGGCAAAUAUUGACGAGGGAGCUGGAAGCUGUGGGCUUGCGCCUAAACAAAAGACCACCUCAAAUAUACUUCAAAAAGAAAAAAACUGGGGGUAUUUCGUUCAACAGCACUAUUCCUUUAACUCAUGUGGAUGAAAAACUCUGUUAUCAAAUUCUACAUGAAUACAAAAUUCACAAUGCAGAGGUGUUAUUUCGUGAGGAUGCUACAGUAGAUGAUCUUAUUGAUGUCAUUGAGGGAAACCGUAAAUACAUGAAGUGUAUAUAUGUGUACAACAAGAUAGAUGUUAUUGGUAUUGAUGAUGUGGAUAAAUUGGCUCGGCAACCUACUUCCGUUGUCAUUAGCUGUAACCUGAAGCUGAAUUUAGAUAGAUUGCUUGCAAAGAUGUGGGAGGAAAUGGGGCUUGUUAGAGUUUAUACCAAGCCACAAGGCCAGCAACCUGAUUUCACUGAUCCUGUAGUUCUAUCUGCUGACAGAGGAGGCUGCACGGUUGAGGAUUUCUGUAACCACAUACACAGGAGUUUAGUGAAGGAUGUCAAGUACGUGCUAGUGUGGGGUACAAGUGCUCGGCACUACCCUCAGCAUUGUGGCCUUGGUCAUCUUCUUCAUGAUGAGGAUGUGGUUCAGGUUGUUAAGAAAAAGGAAAGGGAAGAGGGAGGAAGGGGUCGAUUCAAGUCUCAUUCAAAUGCUCCUGCUCGAAUAUCUGACAGAGAGAAGAAGGCUCCAUUGAAGACAUAAUAUUAUUAACAGGCUUUACCAUGCAAACACAAGCUUAAAAUUAACAGGCUUUACCAUGCAAACACAAGCUUAAAAUUUGAAGCUGCAUUGAGGAUUGAUCCAUUAGGGAAUAGUAUAGAAUAUCGAUUUGGUUUAGUUCCCUUCCCACUUCAAUCAGCCUGAGAGAAAGGUAGAAUUCUCGUGUCCAAUUGUUGUAAUCUCUAGUAUUUAUUUACGGGGAGUCAUUUGAACUUUGAGAUGUAGCCUACUGCAAUCUCUGGUUUUGCGAAGAGGACAGAUUAAAUAAUAUAAAUGUAUUUCAUAUUUGUUUA